UCUUCGGUCUCGGUACUGUCAACAAAUCUGCUAUCCAUCGCUACAUGGGAUCCUGCUUCUCCUUCGCCUUCGCCUCCACCGCUGAAACGCCCUCUCCAGUGACGGCCAAAGUCAUCACCCUGGACGGCUCCCUGAGCGAGUUCUCGACCGAGGUGAAGGUGUACGAGGUCCUCGGUCGCCACCAUCCUUCUUGCUUCAUCUGCAGCUCCGACGAGCUCUACUGCAACACCUACAUCCCGGCGCUCGGCUCCAAAGAGUCGCUGCAGUUGGGCCAGCUCUACUUCAUGCUGCCUGUCUCCAAGCUCGAGUAUCCGCUCUCGGGAUCGGACAUGGCGGCUCUUGCGGUGAAGGCCAGCAUGGCGAUCCAACCGCUGGCUUCGAGGCACAGAGAUCACGGUCGGCGAACGGUUCAAGUCAUGCCCAUCGCCGCGGAGUUAGCAGGAUUAGAUGCGCUCGAGAACAACGGUGAUGAUUAUAGAUCGAGGUCUUUGGAGAAGAAGAAGACGAUGCCGAAGCGUAGUGCUUCGAACCGGGCCAAGUUGGGGCAGCGGCGGCGGGGCAUGGAGCGAAUGAGCACGAUCGAAGAGGAUGCCGAGUGACCGAGCAACCUCGAUAAAGAUUUUUGUGUGGUGUAAUAUUCUUUCUUUUUAUCGUUGCGUGGCAGCCUUUUGCAUAUAGCACAAAAAGAGCAUGCCUAGUCUUCAUAAUGAAAUUGGUAGCAUGAAUUAGACCAAAUGUUCGAUUCA